CAACGCUAUGGUGGACGGUUCCGUUUUCGACUUGCUGAGCCCCAUAGGCCAACUGCAUAUGAAGGCUGCGGCGGCUGGGCUUCCUGUUCCAAACCUCACCGUCUCCACCGCAGAAACUGCGCAAGUCCCCCCUUCAUCGACCCUCCCUCCUAUGCGGACGGACGCCUUACUGAAGCCGUUCAAAUUUGACCCAGCCAAACAAGCUCGCUUCGAAGCUUUUCAGGUCUUAAUUCGACGUGGAUUCUCUUCUGAUGAAGCAUACACACGCUCUUCCGGCGAUGUGGAUAUGCCGAGUGAGGAUCGCGAGCGAGAAGUUAGCUCAUUCAACGCUAUCUUGCGAGCUUCGCAUUUGCCCGUUUCCUCGGCGGAACGCCACCACAAGCCGAACACUGUGUCGGAUGCCGAAGACAGAGAACGCCCAAUAGCCAAUCUUCCUGAUCACAAAUUGCGGCUGGUUGCAGAUCUACUUUCGUCUAGAUUCCGGUCGGCAGGUUGUAUGGACAUUAGCAAGGAGUUAUCGGAGGCGGAGGAAAAAGCACUACGCGCCAAAGUUGAGGGAGAACGCGUACCAGGCUGA